UUAAAUUCAAAUAACACAAAGAUCAAAUCAUUUUAUGUGUUAUAUAUUCUCAACGUCAUGCUAUUAUAUAUUUAAAAUAGUAGUUAUAUAUAUAUAUAUAUAUAUAUCUAAUUUCUUAAAAUAGACAAGACAACCAAAAUAUUACAGAAUAAAAAAUUGAUGAAUAUGUGUAGGAAAAUGGUAAUAUCUGCAAUACUGUUUGAAUAAUUUGAUUUGUAAUUGCAAUCCUCGACUAAUGAUGGCUUUAAUUGAUAGCCACUUAUUGAAUGAAAAAUAUGGAAAAGAUGUUGGAAAAAAAUUCAUUUGAAGAAAUAAAUUUAAAAAAAUUUAAAAGAGAGGAACAAACAUUCGAUAUCAAAAUUAGAGGAGAAAAAUAUUUCUUCAUUAUUUCAAUUAUAUAUUAGAAAGAAUGAGGAAUGAAAUGGAACCCACAUGUUAAAGAUCAACAAAUUCAUCUUUUUUUUUUCUAAAACAUAGUCAACAGUUACUGCCGAUGAUUGAUAGCAGUAUUUGUUAAAUUAAAAAGUGCCUAACAAAUUACUCUAUUUGAUAUAAUCCAAAAGUGACCUACAUAAUAAAUCCGUUGAUUCUUAUAUUUUUAAAAGUUCGGGUCUUCAAGUGAUGUUUAACCAAACAGUUCAGUAGUUUGUUCAAAAACUUCUAGAACAAACAUAUUAUUGGUCAAUUUUUCAAAUGUAAAAAACGGAAACUUCAAAUCUAUUAGUUUUGUCUUAGAUCUAGACGACAUUAAUUGUUAGAAGAAAACAACAUGUUAUCUUUUGUUAUGAGCGAAAUGGGCGUUAAUGUAUGAUUCAGUAAUGGCCAGUUGUAGCAAAACAACUUCAAAUUUUUCUCUGCAUACAUGUGUUAGUUAAUGUAUGAGAAAUAAAGACAAAAGGUUUUGCGAUAUGUAUUGUGACGACUCCUUUAUAAUAUAUGUAUCACCGCCAGUAUACGUACGUUGGCUACAACUUACAAAAACUAUUAUUUCGUCCGUAAGCAUGUACAUAAAUAACAUACUAUACUAUAAAGAUAUAUACCAGACCAUGGUCUCGUUUAUAUGAUGUAUAUAUAUUAGAGGUAAGAGAGACAACGUGGACAUUUGUUUGUAAAAUUGUGUCUAAUUAUGUAAAGUCAAAAGGGAGACACUGUAGGGCAAUGUUAUAGUCCUACCCAACUAAAGUUUGUAUACAUUCUUUCAGAAUUUUAAUUUCAUUUCUCUCUCUCGUUCUUGUGGCUCUGUCCUCAAUGUUUGUUAGCCCUUGCCUCCAACAACGCACAUGAUUUUGCUUUCACAAGAACAUAAAUCUUUUAAGAUGUCCUAGUUUGAAUCCAACCAAGAAAUUUGGCUUUAUAUGAUCUCAAAAAAUAAGGUUAUGAUCAGAUUAGGGAAAAUAUAUUAGUAUAUUACUGUAUAAUUUCUUUUUUAAUUACGUUGAAUUUAUACAUAAUCUACUCACUAGAUUUUUCAAUGCAUAAAUAGUCAACCUAAUUAUGAUCAAUAAGUGAAUUAACAAAUUAGAAAAGUAUAGUCUUGUGCAUUUAUUCUAAUACCAUAUAUAUAUAUAUGACUAUAUGUACAUGUAAAUAUAAAUGUAAAUGUUUUAACCUACAUUUAAUAAUACAGACAAUAUAGUCAUCAUUUGGUCAAACCCAAUUAAUCAUUAUAUCGUUUUUUUUUAACACAAUCAUUCUAUAGUUAUAUACUCACCAAAUUACAAAAACAUACUGUAUAUAUAUAUAUAUAUAUAUAUAAUUUUCUCUAUUAAUUUAUUAGCCUUCCAAACUGUCCAUACUCCAUAUAAAUCCUUCUCCACAUGUAUCUCUAACAUCCAUAACAUUCUUCAAACAAAACCCAAAUUUCAGAAGAAAAAAAAGUUUUAAAGUAAAAUAAUGGCGAUAAAGAAGUCAUCUCAAGCAGCAUCAAUCAAGAAAAUUUUAAAGAGAUGCUCGUCGAGCCUAGGGAAGAAUAAGAACGUCACCGAUUGCUACUAUAAACAAGAAGAUGGUCUUCCUCAAGACGUGCCGAAAGGUCAUUUUCCGGUUUACGUUGGACCAAACCGAAGUCGGUACAUCAUUCCCAUCUCGUGGCUCGAAUACUCCGAGUUUCAAACGUUACUCCGACUAGCCGAGGAAGAGUAUGGUUUUGACCAUAAUAUGGGUGUAAUCAUACCCUGUGAUGAAGUGUUCUUCAAGUCUCUAAUCUCUAUGUUCAGAUAAAUUCAAUCGGGGACUCAAGAAUCAAAGAAGGAUGACUUAUAGUAGUAGUUACAAGAUGAUUGGUUAUUUUUUUGUGAUGGUUACAAGAGGAUAUCUCUAUAUCAUAAAAAAAUUCGAAUUUGAAGUGGAGGGUAAAUCCAAAAAACAAGAAACAAAGACGAAGGGGGUUACAGGCGUCGUGUUAGGCAUCAACUCUCUUUUUUUUCCUUUUCCUUUUUUUUGGUCAACUUCUUUUUUCCUUUUCCUAAAAUUACAGUUUCUAGUUUCUUUUUCUUAUAAUGUUUUGUAGUGGGUGGGCUGGGAGAUUUUUUCCCCAACGUUAACGGCCAACGUGACAUGUGGAAGUAGAAUGUAAACAUUGAACACUAUUUAUUGAAUUCAAUUCGAAUUUUCAGAAUUUACAACGUGUUCCCCAGCUUUAGUCACAUUUCCUCUUUACCAUCAUUUGCCGAAGUUUUUUUUUCAAGGAGUAUCAUUUGUGGAAGUAGCCUAAAUUUAUAUACAUUCUGAAAAUUCUGAAUGAAACAUAUAUUCUUGUCAGAGAAAUAAAUAUUUUUUCUAAUGUUA